GGUCAUCCAGUGAGUUAGUCGCAGCCCUGCGACUAGAAUCCAAGUCUCCUGAGCUCCAGUGGCUUUUUGCUUUUCACCACACUGCCUCCUGCAGAAAACUUGACAGUUACCAUGUCCACGCAGAGACUUCGGAACGAGGACUACCGUGACUACAGCUCCACCGACGUGAGCCCGGAGGAGAGUCCGUCCGAAGGCCUGAACAGCUUCUCUUCCCCGGGAUCCUACCAGCGGUUCGGGGAAAGCAACAGCACAACAUGGUUCCAGACCCUGAUCCACCUAUUAAAAGGCAACAUUGGCACAGGACUCCUGGGGCUGCCUCUGGCCGUGAAAAAUGCAGGCAUCUUGAUGGGUCCCCUCAGCCUGCUGGUGAUAGGCCUCGUGGCUGUGCACUGCAUGGGUAUCCUGGUGAAAUGCGCUCACCACUUCUGCCGCAGACUGAACAAGCCCUUUGUGGACUAUGGGGAUACGGUGAUGUAUGGCCUGGAAGCCACCCCCAUCUCCUGGCUCCGGAACAACGCCCACUGGGGAAGGCACACUGUGGACUUCUUCCUAAUCGUCACGCAGCUGGGAUUCUGCUGUGUCUAUUUUGUCUUUCUGGCUGACAACUUCAAACAGGUGAUAGAAGCAGCCAAUGGGACCACCACCAACUGCCACAACAACGAGACGGUGAUCCUGACGCCCACCAUGGACUCGAGACUCUACAUGCUCGCCUUCCUGCCCUUCCUGGUGCUUCUGGUGUUCGUCAGAAACCUCCGAGUCCUGUCCAUCUUCUCCCUGUUGGCCAACAUCACCAUGGUGGUCAGCCUGGUUAUGAUCUACCAGUUCAUUGUUCAGGAUAUCCCAGACCCCAAAUUCCUCCCCUUGGUGGCAUCCUGGCAGACCUACCCUCUGUUCUUUGGCACGGCCAUUUUUGCAUUUGAAGGCAUCGGGAUGGUUCUGCCCCUUGAAAACAAAAUGAAGGAUCCCCGGAAGUUCUCGCUCAUCCUCUAUGUGGGAAUGGCUAUCAUCACUGUCCUCUACAUCAGCCUGGGGUGUCUGGGGUACCUGCAAUUUGGAGCUAACAUCCAAGGGAGCAUAACCCUCAACCUGCCCAACUGUUGGCUGUACCAGUCAGUUAAGCUGCUCUAUUCCAUCGGCAUCUUCUUCACGUAUGCCCUCCAGUUCUACGUCCCGGCCGAGAUCAUCAUCCCCUUCUUCGUGGCCCGUGCACCUGAGCAUUGCGAGCUGGUGAUAGACCUAUCCGUGCGCACCAUGCUGGUCUGCCUGACGUGCGUCUUGGCCAUCCUCGUCCCUCGCCUGGACCUGGUCAUCUCCCUGGUGGGCUCCGUGAGCAGCAGUGCCCUGGCCCUCAUCAUCCCGCCCCUCCUGGAGAUCGCCACCUACUACUCAGAGGGCAUGAGCCCCAUCACCAUCGUCAAGGACGCCCUGAUCAGCCUCCUGGGCUUCGUGGGCUUUGUGGUGGGGACGUGUGUGACCCUCUACGAGCUGAUCCAGCCCAGCAGCGCUCCCAUCUUCGUCAACUCCACCAGUGCCUUUGUAUAGCGGGCUGGGUGCGUUCCCUGCACCGGCCCACUCCGCCCUGUAUGUUCCCCAGCACCUGGCCCCAGAGCCUCAGGUAGGGUCCAGGCUCUGGGGAGAGGCAAGGUUGCCAUCCAUGUACCCUUACCUGGCACCUGGGUUCCCUGAGCCAGAUAGGGUUGAGGGCAGGUAGAGAGUCGGCAGCAGAUAUGUGGGAGGUACCUCUAGGGGCAGUGCCAUCUCUGUUCAUUUGUACUUACUUUAACCCGGAACUUUUCAACUCUUUUCCCUGAUCACGCCUUCCCCCCUUACUGCCUGCCCUUCUCCUUCUGACCCACCUCAUCCAAAUUAUUCCUGUUGCACAGCUCACUUUAUUUAAAAAUUUUAAUGUCUCUCACCUCAUGUGUUCUCCUCGCCCGGGCCAGGCCUAGAUGAUGUCAGUGGAAAUGCCCUUCUUUAUGCCCUUGCCGGGCCCAUCUCUUAUCUCUCUCCCAAAUAUUUUACCUCAAUAUUUUCCUACCUGUUCAAGUCUCCACCUCGUAGUGGAGCCUACCUAGUAGUUUAAAACCAGCUGCCCGAAGCUGGAGUUUUUAGCCUUUCCUGUCUCUGGCGUGCUGUCAUCCUCGGCGACACCUCCUCUUCUCCGGUUUCCUCGUGUGGGUCACGAUACUGUUAUGAUCUUAGUUGCUGGAACUCCUGGAAGGUAUCAAGUGCUGCCAAAGUUGAAAAUAUUUAUAUUUUAUUUAAAAUCAGCCUUUGUUUUUAGACUCCGUCUCUGGAUCUGGGACUGUUGUGAAUUGUUCCUUCUUCAGUAAACCCUUGCUCGGCUUCUCCCGCUGAGAAGAAGCUUAACGCAGGAGAUGUCUGCUUAGACCCUCCGCACCCUUGGCCAGGGACUCCAGAGAUUUUCAUCAGGAUCGUCAGAGUGUGGACCUUUGUGGGGCACCAUGGACCUUGCCUCCCGUUGACCAGCCAGAUUCCCUACUGAGAAGACAUGAAGGGCUCAGGAGAUGUUUGCCGGUGCACAAGGCCGAGGGGAAGGACGGCCACGUGGGGUGUGUUUCUCUCCAUAGGAGGCUUAGAAAAUGGCUGCGUUGUGCAUUCAGGCCUGUUUCCCAGCCUCAGCCCCUGACAGACAAGCGUCACGGCAACGUCCAGGAAGACACCCAGACUCUUGCCAUGGACAAGAAGACGAGGCCAGUGUGCCCAGAGCGUGUGAGAUUCAGUUCGUAGAGUUUGCAGCAGCUGGUCCGACACUACGAGUGGUGCUCAGUUGUUUACAAUCCCCAGAGGAUGAGGAGGAUGGGCAGAAACAGUGCCCCGCCCCAAGCUGCCUCCAGGACCUGGACUUCCAAUGGUUGGGGCUUCGGUCUCCUGUGUUCUAAACACUAAUCAUGCCCUUGUCUCUG